CAACACAUCUCAGCGGUCAUGGCCGGUAGUCUGAUCCACCACGGCUCCCCAAAUCCCGGCUACGCGUCUAACAACGCGGUGCCGAUCCUCACGCAGACGGACUCAAGGGACAAAUGGAGCAAAAAGAUGGACUUUCUCUUGUCUGUCGUAGGUUUUGCUGUGGACUUGGGAAAUGUUUGGAGGUUUCCUUACAUAUGUUACCAGAACGGUGGCGGAGCUUUCCUUAUCCCUUAUAUUCUGAUGGCCAUCUUUGGCGGAGUGCCGCUCUUUUAUAUGGAGCUGGCCCUGGGACAGUUCCACAGAACGGGAGCCAUAUCCAUAUGGAAACAUAUCUGCCCAAUUUUCAAAGGCAUAGGUUAUGCCAUUUGCGUCAUCGCUUUAUAUGUUUCCUUCUACUACAACACCAUCAUCGCCUGGGCCCUCUUCUACUUCUACUCUUCCUUCUCCACCAUUUUGCCAUGGACAAACUGCGACAAUGCCUGGAACACCGACAACUGCACCAAUUAUUUUGGCAUGGACAAUGUCACCUGGACGAAUUCGUCCCGAUCUCCGGCAGAGGAAUUUUACACGAGGAAUGUCCUUGAGAUCCACAAGUCGUCAGGUCUGGCAAAUGUGGGAGGUGUUCGCUGGCAGCUGAUGCUCUGCCUUUUCCUCAUCUUCACCAUAGUUUACUUCAGUCUCUGGAAGGGGGUGAAGACUUCCGGAAAGGUUGUAUGGGUGACCGCCACUCUGCCCUACAUUGUCCUUUUCAUCCUGCUGAUCCGCGGUGCAACUCUGCCAGGUGCUUGGAGAGGCGUGGAAUUUUACCUAAAACCCAAUUGGGAGAAGCUUCUGGAGACCAGUGUAUGGGUGGAUGCUGCCGCUCAGAUCUUCUUCUCACUUGGUCCAGGCUUUGGAGUGCUCCUGGCACUCUCCAGCUAUAACCCGUUCACUAACAAUUGCUAUCGUGACGCCAUCGUGACGAGUUUGGUGAACUGUGUCACCAGUUUCGUGUCAGGGUUCGUCAUCUUUACAGUGCUGGGCUACAUGGCGGAGAUGAGAAAGGUGAAAGUUGAAGAUGUGGCCAGAGACAAAGGACCCAGUUUACUCUUCAUCACGUACCCCGAGGCCAUCGCCAAUAUGGUGGGCUCAACUUUCUUUGCCAUCAUAUUUUUUGUGAUGAUGAUCACUCUGGGGCUGGACAGUACGUUCGGCGGUCUGGAGGCGAUCAUCACGGCCGUGUUGGAUGAAUACCCCGAUCAGUUGUCUCAGAGACGUGAACUUUUUGUCCUUUGCUUGGUGCUGGUCUGCUUUCUGGGCUCUUUGAGUACCCUUACUAAUGGCGGUGCCUACGUUGUGAAGCUGUUGGAGGAGUUCGGGGUGGGAUGUUCCAUCAUUGCCGUGGGAUUCCUUGAGGCCAUUGCAGUUGCCUGGUUCUACGGUAUCAACAGAUUCAGCAAUGAUGUUGAAGCCAUGCUGGGCAAAGCACCAGGACUGUUUUGGAAGGUGUGCUGGGUUGCUAUUAGUCCAGCCUUUUUGGCGUAUAUCAUGGUGAGUUCGCUGCUGAAAGCCCCAAUACUCACAUUGUUUGACUAUCAGUACCCGGACUGGAGCAUCACAGUUGGAUACAUCAUUGGCUUCUCAUCCUUAAUGUGGAUCCCCAUUUACAUGGUAUACAAAAUGGUAUGGACACCAGGCUCUCUCAAACAGAGGCUGGCAGCGUGUCUCAGACCGGAGAGGACCUUACCAGACAUUCACGUCGACAGCUUAAACAUGGCCAUCCUCCCAUAGAAAGAUGUUGGAGAUGAGAAAACACCCUUGAGUUUUAUCUGUGACAUUAUGACUGUUUACAGCUCACUUGGUUAGUUUUUAGUUUUAUUUUUGGUACUUAUCGAGCUAAUGCUGAAUUACAAAGUAAUAGGUACGUUUUGCUAAAAUUUCAUAAAUACUUGUUUGUGUGCUCACAGAUAUGUCUGCAUCAAUGGGACAAUCUCAAGUUUUCCUAGCAUUAGUCUCUCAAAGUCUGUUCCCUGUAUUUUUCUCGCAGUGACGUACGGUAAGGAUGGAAAAUGACAGCAUGCAUUGCGUUACACAUGGGGAUUUUUCCUCAAACCGAAAGCUGUUUUCCAAAACUAAUAAAAGUUAGAUGUGUGUUCAGUUUUUUUUAAGUGAAUACUAACUUGUCUGUGCUUUUAAAUUAUUAACAUAUGUGGGUUAACCUUUU